AUGGUUGAAGUUUACAAGCUGAGAUGCACUCUAUCGGGUCAUAAGAGCGACGUCCGUGCAGUUACUUGUCUUUCAGAUACCAGAAUUGUUUCUGCUUCAAGGGAUUUAACAGCAAGGACAUGGCAUAUUUCCAAAGAAGGUUGUGAUGGCUGUGAAGAUAUGGUUCUUCUCGGGCAUACAAAUUAUGUAUCAGCUGUGUGUUGUCAAGACUUAGACAACGAAUGUCGUAUUCUAACAGGAUCACAUGAUAAACUAAUUCGAGGGUAUAAUUCCAUGUCUUCAGAAGCUCUUUUCACGUUAGAAGGGCAUAAAGAUACAGUAUGUACUUUAGCGGUUGGAAAUCACAAAACCAUAAUUAGUGGUUCUUGGGAUAAAUCAAUCAAAAUAUGGAAGGAAGAAAAGUGUGUCUCUACUCUCACAGGACAUCAAGCAGCAGUAUGGUGUGUACUCGUUAUGUCGGCCGUAAAUAUAACCGGUCAUAUUGAUGAUUUAAUUGUUAUCUCUGGUUCAGCUGAUCAAACUAUACGUAUAUGGUGCCUACGUGGCCUUAAUCAAGAUAUAAGUUCACCUGACAUAAUUUUAUUAAAUUCUUUAAAUGAACACAAAGACUGUGUGCGCGCCUUGGCACGUAUUGAUGAUUCACGAUUUUUAUCAGCAAGCAAUGAUGCCAGUAUAAGAGCUUGGGAUGCUACUACGGGCAAAUGUAUUGGAGAGUUUUAUGGGCAUACAAAUUUUGUUUAUGGAUUGGCUUGUUCACCUAAUUUUCCAAAAUUUGUUUCCUGUGGUGAGGAUAGAAGUAUUCGUGUCUGGCUUUUACCUUCGGCAAGUGAAUGGGCUCCUGAAAAAAACUUCAGUUGCUUUCAAACUAUUCUGUUGCCAUGUCAGUCUGCCUGGUGUGUAGCUAUGGUACCGAAUGGUGAUAUUAUUGUCGGAGGCAGUGAUUCAAUGAUUCGGAUAUUUUCAUGUGAUUCAACACGACAAGCAUCUUCAGAUGUCUUGAAACUUUAUGAGACAGAAUUAGCCAAUUUUAAGAUUACAGUUCCUGGUUCUUCUGGAGCUGGAGAUUUAGUUUUGAACAAUUUACCGGGACUUGAGGCUUUAACGAGACCAGGGAAAUCGGAAGGACAGAUCAUGGUCAUUAACGAUAGUGGUCGUUCUGUUUGUUAUCAAUGGUCUUCACAUGAUACUCGAUGGAUUGAAGUUGGUGAUGUUGUGGGAAGUCAACCUUCUAAUCGUCAAGUUCAUGAAGGCAAAGAAUACGAUUUUGUAUUUACGGUUGAUAUUGAUGAUAGCAUGCCUGGGCUUAAACUACCUUACAAUCGUACUGAAGAUCCCUGGUUUGCAGCUCAUUCUUUUAUUCAAAGACAUGAUUUACCUGCUGGUUAUCUGGAUACAGUUGCUAAUUUCAUUAUUCAAAAUGCAGGACCUUCAAUUAAUCCAGUUGUCAGCAAUGAUCUUUCUCAUAGUGACCCUUUUACUGGAGCACAUCGAUAUAUCCCAAAUAACUUUUCUUCGACGGCAACCAAGUCUACCACAAAUGGAACAUCAGUUUUUACAUCUCAUUUUCCACCCGAUACCUUUAUAUCUAUGAAAUCAAUCAGCCUUGGUCCUUUGAUGACUAAGCUAGAGUCGUUCAAUGUCCGAUCACCGAUUCCAUUAAAUAAUGAAUUCUUAGAAGCAUGUAGAAAAUUCAACAUUGAUGAUUGUACUGAAACUGAAGCUGUUCAUCUUACUACUCAUAUUCUAGAUGCAAUAAACAAGUGGACUCCCGAUACAAUAUUUCCCUUAUUGGAUAUUUUACGGUGUUUAGUCUUUUGGCCGAUAUCCAGUGAUAUUAUAUUUGAAACAACAAAUUGGAAUUAUUUAUUGUCAAUUAGUUUUAACAAUCCUGAUUUGUCAAGUGCAAAUUGUUUAUUAAUGUUACGUCUAUUAGUAAACUCUUUAACUGCAGAUGGUCCAAGAUUUAUUGACACAAUCCAGCGUCAAUCCGUGUCGUCAUCAUCAUCCUUAACAAAUAGUAGUGAUAAGCCGAACGUUGUACCAAAAUCUUUAAUUACUGCCGUUGGAAUAACUGGGAGAUUAGUUGAACUUGUUAAUGAUAAUAAAUUGCAGUUUGUAACACGUAAACCACAUCAGGUUGCGUUGGCCAAUUUGAUGUAUAAUAUGUCUGUACUUGUUCAUUUGUCGAAACCGUUAUCUAUUGAGUCAAAUAUAUUUCCUCAACUACGCUUUAUAUCUGGUGUUUGUAUUAGAAUAAGUCUUAAUAUUUUAUCACUUGUCUUGGAUCAUGGUUGUAAUGGUGUCACACAAUUACACCCUGAAGCUGUAAAUCAAUUAUUUGUAUCAAUUGGUACCUGUUUAUUAUCAGUAACUUCAGGAUUAAAUUCAACAGAUGAGCAGUUAAAAACACAACGUAUUCGUAUUCUUGCAUCAGCUAUGAUUGGUUUGAAAGAUUUAUCCCGAAGUGUUGAUAACGAUGUAAAUAUUGAUAAUAAUGUUGAUGAAAUUACCGCCUGGGAAUUAGUUCGUAAAAUUAUUAAUUACUGGAUAACAACACCUACAGUUUGUUCUAAUGUACGAGCAUGUGCAUCUCAAUUACUUUCAAUUUUAGAAUAA